CAUUUAUAGGUCUUUAAUUCCCGCCAUUGUGUUUUUAUUUCUUACACAAUUUCAACAUUUCGACAGCAUUUAGUUAACAACAGAAAGAGGUGACGAACGACUCGUGGCCGUGUCCGGUCUGCAGAUGAGAAGCUACAAUGUGUACAAGUGACUUAUCCUGUCCAAUGUGCUAUUUAAAUGCUUAUGGUCACAGAGGUCACAGUCUGUUGCACACGGUUUGUAAAUAAUAACACAAAAUGGCGAUGUAGUUUGUCGUGGAUAGAGACCCGAGUAUCGCGAAAUGAGGACUGUGUGUUUCCUUACAGGUUUGUACAUCGUUGUGGCGUCAAUAGACUGUAAAACGCCGGGGUUACAGGCCAGAAUUACCAACAAAGGACUCAAUUAUGCCACAGAAGUUGCUCUGGACAUCCUCACAAAACAAGUGACCGGCCUACAGAUUCCAGAUCAACAUGGCGCCACUGGGGAUGUGUCCUACGACCUCACUGGGUUAAGGAUAAAUGGAUUUGGCAAGCCCAGCAGCAGGGUUUCCUUGAUCCAGAAUGUUGGUCUGGCUUGGAGCACGAGCGGAACUAUCCUAAACGUGCACGGGAAUUUCCACUACAAAUACCAUGGAAUAAUCCCGAUAUCAGAUUCGGGAAGUUUUGAUCUGCAUACCAGGAACAUCAAUUUUGCAAUCAACAUUGAAUUAGGGUCAGACACAUCGGGACGUCCUACGAUUAAGUCACGGGGCUGUAGUUGUAGUGUCGGAAUAGCAGACAUAACUUUUCAUGGCGGUACAGCAUGGAUCUACAAUUUGUUUUCUGGUCUGGUGGCAGACAAACUGAAAGGCAUAGUUGGAGGCAGUAACGGAAUUUUCUGCCAACAACUUAAUAAACUGGUGAAUGUAAACGGAAUGGAAAGUCUCAAGAAUCUACCAGUUACUGUGGAUAUAGCCAAUGUCUUCUUGUUGGAUUACAGAUUUUUGUCAAAACCUUCAUUUCAACCCACCUUUAUGGAGACCUACCACAAGGGAGAAGUAUACUGGAAAGCAAAUCCCCACGAGGCGCCACUUCCGGUCCCACCACUACUGAAAUCUUCCGACACUUCGAAGAUGAUGUACAUAUGGGCAUCCGAUUUUCUGUUCAACUCCAUGUCUUACACAGCGUACAAAUAUCAACAGCUCCAGUACAAUGUCACAAAUAAAGAUCUACCAGGCGGUGUUUUGAAUACAACAUGUUCUACAUUGGUAUGCAUAGGAAAAUUUAUCCCAGAAAUCGGCAAAAAAUUUCCUAACACAACAGUGAUGUUGUACAUGAAGGCCAUGACUAUGCCGAACAUGACCGUUCUCAAUGGAUCUACAAUGGUGUAUGCCUCUGGUGAUAUCAUGUUCUUUGCUCAACAACCUGGUGGAAAGUAUACUUACUUUUUAACGUUAUCAGCGACGAUGUCGACAACGAUUUCAAUACGGAUACAAAAUGAGAAGAUAUACGCCAAAGUCCUCAAAUUACCAAUAAAAGUGAAAGUGAAAGACUCGAAAAUUGGACAGUUGUCACCGGAGGUGUUGGAUCUGGUCAUCAAAGGUGUUAUUGCGAUCUUUGUGGAACCGAAACUAAAUGAACUGGGCAGUAAAGGUUUUCCUCUGCCUAUCAUUGAUUCUGUACAUUUUGUGGAUUCUCAGCUGACCACUGCCAAAGACACGCUAUUAAUAGCCACAGACCUAAAGUAUACUGGAUAAGUGAGUCUGAGAAAUGGAAAUUAUCACUUAUACUUGUAUUAUAAUCGUAUGUUUGCUAAUAAAAGUUGUAUAUUGUU